AAGAAGAAAAAAACAUACCCGCAGGCUCAUCGGAAACGCCGUCGUUUAAAAUACAAUUCAAACUGAUCAAGAAAUCACUAAAACAACACACAGUCCAAACUCCAAAACAGAGUCCAAACACAAGCUUGCCCUCUUCAAUGGCGGACACAUCCCUCUAUCUGCUCUCUCUCCUCUUUCUCCCCCUCUCUCUUCUCCUCAUUCUCUUCUUCCUUGUCCGCCCCCGCCACGUCAGCAUCCCAAUCAAAUCUCGCCACGUCUUCAUCACCGGCGGCUCCAGCGGCAUCGGCCUGGCCCUCGCCCACCGCGCCGCCGCCGACGGCGCUCGCGUCUCCAUCCUCGCGCGCAACCUCGAAAAACUCGAAGCCGCUCAGCAGUCCAUCCGCCUCGCCACCGGCAUCGACGUCGCCAUCUACAGCGCCGACGUGCGUGACUACGACGCGGUCAAAGGCGCGUUGGAGCAGGCCGGAGAUGUGGAUGUGCUGGUGUGUAAUCAAGGAGUGUUUGUGCCGCAGGAAUUAGAGACUCAUGAUUUGGAGGAGUUUAAGUUUAUGAUUGAUGUGAAUGUGAUCGGGACUUUUCAUUUGAUUAAAGCUGCUUUGCCUGGGAUGAAAGGGAGGAAGGACCGUGGUCCAGGUUCGAUUGCUAUUAUUUCGUCUCAGGCUGGUCAGGUGGGUAUUUAUGGCUAUACUGCAUAUUCAGCCAGUAAGUUUGCCCUCAGGGGCAUGGCCGAAGCACUGCAGCAAGAAGUCAUAGCGGAAGAUAUUCAUGUCUCUCUCAUAUUUCCCCCAGAUACUGAAACUCCUGGCUUUGUUGAAGAAAACAAGAGGAGACCGGAACUUACAAGUAUAAUAGCAGCUUCGUCUGGUUCAAUGAAAGCUGAGGAAGUUGCACGAAAAGCUUUAAAUGGCAUAAAAUCUGGGAAAUUUAUUGUACCCUGCAACUUUGAAGGAGUCAUGUUGUCCAUAGCAACGGCCGGUCUAUCUCCUCAACCAUCAUUCUUGAUGGCGUUUGUUGAGGUAGUUGCUGCUGGUAUAUUACGCUUUGCAGCCCUUUGUUUCCAGUGGAAUUGGUAUAGCAGCAUAGAGGGAUGGCACAAAAAGAAGAGAUAGUAACUAUAAGGUAUCCAGUCUUUUUGGUUCUACAUUACGCUGUUCCCGGUACUUGACGAGACCACUUUAUUUAUCCUUCAAUUACAUUGCAAUGGGGACAGUGACUUGAAGGCAACUUGGUUCAACAUUUUUACACGUUAGUAGAAGAAGAAACCCUCCUUUUGUUAAAGGUAUUUGGCUUUUUUGUUGACCAACAUGUAUUUUAUAUUCGUCUUUAAAAGACACCGUCACUCCAUAGUACGUUUGAUGAGAUGUCAAUUUUUAACAUCCUACAUCGAUAUUUUUAUCGUA